UUUAUUUACAUUUGUUUUUCCCCACGUGAAGGCUCGAAUCAUCGUUCUUACUUUGCAAUUUUUGUGAUAUUCGAGUUUUGAUUUUUGUGAACCCGGCACAAGCUAAGAAUCCGUUCAGGAGCAUACGCCGGAAAACAAACCUCAUUCCUUCCUUACUUUGCAAUACAGUAAUUCAAAAAAGAAGUGAAGGGAAAAAAUGGUUCGUGAUAACAGACGGAUUGCAGCUCCAGAAAACUGCUUGUCUUUUAAUAAUUUCAGGACAAAAAAUCAGCCAGAAAGCUUGAUCCAAAAUAACAUAAGAAAUGAUGGCAGAACUCCCAGUGAAUUGAAGUCUCUUUCUCUGCAAGUUGGUAUUGUACCAUCUGUUACUGGAUCUGCCUAUCUUGAAUGUGGGAAAACAAAAAUUAUUUGUUCUGUAAAUGGGCCUCGUGAUGUUUUGAACAAAAGUGAUUCAUCUGUUAAGGGGCAGUUAUAUUGUGAGUUUAAAUAUGCAAUGUUUUCUGGCAAAGAAAGACAACCAUAUCUACCUACUGAUGAGGAAGCAAGUAUUUCUAGAUCCAUUCAAGAUGCCUUAGAACCUGUAAUUUUACUACACAAAUUUCCGAAAUCAAGAUUGGAUAUUACUAUUUUUGUUUUAGAAAAUGAUGGUGGAGUUGUAAGUGCUGCCAUUACAUGUGCUGGAGCGGCCCUAUCAAAUGCUGGUGUGGAAAUGUAUGAUCUUCCUAUUGGAUGCAGUUUAGUUCAUUAUGAUUCAACAGUUCUUAUUGAUCCAACAGCUGAAGAGGAAUUGUAUUGCAAGUCAAAGGAAGAAUGCAAGUAUAUGGCUAUUGCAAUGAUGGCUGAAUAUAAGAAUCAAGUUAUUUAUAUGGACAGCUAUGGUUAUGUCAAUCCUACUCUACUUUCUGAAAGUUUGAAAACCUUACAAUCGUCUUGCCAUCAAAUAUUAACUGAUAUCCGAUUGUGCUUGAUGCAGCAUGUUGAAGAUAGGUGUGACCACCAAGAUGAUGAACCAAGUGAAGGAGCUAUUAGCAAAAAAGCAGAAGCCCAUUUGAAACUUCUUCAGCCUCAAAAAUACAUCAAUGCUCUCUUGGAGCAUGACCUCCGUCCUGGUGGAAGAUCAUUAACAAAUUUUCGCUCAGUUCUUAUAAACACUGGCUCUAUUGGAACUGCCUGUGGUUCAGCAUUAGUUAAACUUGAUGAUACUUCAGUACUCUGUGGAAUCAAAGCAGAAUUAACCAACCCACUUUCCAAUGAACCAGACAAAGGCUUCUUUGUGCCAAAUGUCACAUUGACUUCAAUAUGCUCUAAUCGUUAUGUGCCUGGUCCUCCAACUGAACAGGCUCAGGUUUAUUCUCAAAUCAUCAUGGACUUGUGGAAAAAUUCUCCAUUUGUAGAUCCCACAGACCUGUGCAUUGCUCCAAACAAGCUUUCAUGGUGUUUAUUUGCUGAAAUGGUUUGUCUUAGCUCUGACGGCAAUGUUCUGGAUGCUUGUAUACUAGCACUUAUGGCUGCUUUGAGGAAUACCAAACUGCCGGAAGUUGUGGUGAAUGAGGAGACGAACUCUAUAGAAGUAACUGAGAAAUUGUUCGAUUUAAAAAUAAAUUAUUUUGUGUUUUCUGCUACAUAUGCUGUAUUAGAGAAAAGCUGUGUGGCAGAUCCGUCAUCAGAAGAAGAAUCAUUAGCGAAAAGUUGUAUUACUGUCUUCUUAAAAGAUAAACAUGAAAUAAACGUGCAUUCUUUUGGUCCUGUGAAAGAAGAUCAGCUAUUCCAUUGUAUUGACUGUUCUAAACAGCGGUUUUCUGAAAUGAAAGAACUUCUUGAAGCUUUGAAUUGAUAUGUUUGUAUAUAAGAUAUGUGUUGAUUGUCUUUUUAUUGGAAGACAUUUUAAAAUAAAUAGUUAAUAAAAUCUUUCUUGUUUAAAA